GGAGAGAGAGAGGGGGGCGGGGGGACGGGGGAGAGAGACAGAGAGAAACAGGAGGAGGUAUAAUAAAUUGGGCAUAUGGUUUUUCAACAAAAAGGUGUGUUUGAUUUCAACAGAAAUUGAAGGAUCCCUUAAUGGGUUUGUGGCAUAUUUCAUGUUUGGUAGGGUUAGGGCUUUCCAGAACUGUAUUUGGGUCUUGUUAAUUUUCAACCAAUUUAUUGUGGAUAAUCGGGCAAUUAUGAUGCAUAUUUACGCUUAUCCAAAGAUCAUGUGAACUGGUUCCGGGAUUUUUACUUUGUCCCAAAUUUCUGUUCGGUUUUGGGGUUUCUUGACCUCUUCUUCACACAUCAUAUUCUCACAGGGGGUAUUGGUUUUGGAGUGAAAGAUUGGGGGGUUUGGUCUCUGUCAUGGGUGAAACCUACCCAUAAAUGAUUGGUCGUGGGUAUAGGCUAGCCAAACAUCUGGAUUAGGGUUAGAUCUGCCCGUAUGAAUCUGGGGAUUUCUUGAUUUUUGUGCUUGCUUUACUGUAUUUUGACGUUUGCUUCGACAUCAGGGUGUAGUAAAUCGACCUUUGAGGUGCUUUAGGUCAACAGAUUCUUGGAUCAGGAAUAUAUUUAGUCUCAGUUGUGGGAUGAAGUGGACACACCAUUUGAUCUAAUCUUCUAUCGAGGACAACAAGUAUUUAUGGGGACAGAACUUGUUAGACCUUGCGUCAAAGAAGAGAACAUGGAAAUUUCACCCAUUCCUCCUGGUUUUGAGUCAUUUACAUCCUUCACCUUAAAGAGGGUUGAAGAUAAAGAAGUGGUGACGACUACUUGUGCAUCUGUAAGUGCAUCUGAUAAACAGGCAGUCCAGCUGGAAAAUAAGUUUGAGACCGGUGAAGAUGCAAAAUUUUCAAGGCCCCAUAGGAAUAGACCUUGGAUUAACUACAGUCAGUUUGAUGAUAGCUCUGGGGAUGAGUCUGAUUCUGAGCAGAAAAUCUGUCUAAGACCCUCCCUUCCAAAAGGAGUUAUCCGUGGGUGUAUGGAAUGCAGCAACUGCCAAAAGGUCACUGCAAGAUGGCGCCCAGAUGAGGCUCGUAGGCUUGAUCUUGAGGAUGCUCCUGUGUUCUACCCAAAUGAAGAGGAGUUCAAAGAUACUAUAAAAUAUAUUGCAACCAUACGCAGCAAGGCAGAAAAAUAUGGAAUUUGUCGCAUUGUACCUCCUUCUUCAUGGAAACCUCCUUGCCCUCUUAAGGAGAAGAGUAUAUGGGAGAGAUCUAAGUUUCCUACUCGCAUCCAGAGAAUUGACAAGCUUCAAAAUCGAGAUUCAAUGAAAAAGCUAUUGAAGACCUCUAAUAAUAAGAGGAGGAAGAGGAGAAGAUGCACAAAAAAUUGGAUGGAUUACAGUGUUGGUACUAGCAAUACUUCCACUUCUGAUGAAGCUGGGAAUGUUGUUGCAGAGGGGUUUGGGUUUGAGCCUGGUCCUGAGUUCGCUCUGGAUACCUUUGAAAAGUAUGCAAAUGAUUUUAAAGUGCAAUACUUCAGAAAGAACAGCAGUGUUAAUGAUCCAGGUAACAUGCCUACAGUACAGGAGCAGUGGGAGCCCACAGUGGAGAACAUUGAGGGUGAAUAUUGGCGGAUGGUAGAGAGACCUACUGAACAAAUUGAGGUGCUUUAUGGUGCUGAUUUGGAAACUGGAGUUUUUGGCAGUGGCUUUCCAAAACUGUCUAAUCAAGGUGGUUCUGUUCCAGAUGAGGAGUAUGUGAAAUCUGGAUGGAAUUUGAAUAACUUCCCUAGGCUUCCGGGUUCUGUCCUCUCAUAUGAAAGCACUGAUAUUUCUGGUGUUCUAGUCCCGUGGUUAUAUAUAGGAAUGUGUUUUUCGUCAUUUUGUUGGCAUGUUGAAGAUCACCAUUUGUACUCAUUAAAUUACAUGCAUUGGGGUGCUCCAAAAUUGUGGUAUGGAGUCCCAGGGGAUGAUGCCCUUAAAUUGGAAGCAGCUAUGAGAAAGCAUUUGCCUGACCUUUUUGACGAACAACCUGACUUGCUUCAUAAGCUGGUCACUCAACUAUCCCCCUCCAUACUAAAAUCUGAGGGGGUACCUGUAUGUCGUUGCGUUCAAAAUCCUGGAGAAUUUGUUCUGACCUUCCCUAGAGCAUAUCAUUCUGGAUUCAACUGUGGGUUCAAUUGUGCAGAAGCAGUAAAUGUAGCUCCCGUUGACUGGUUGCCUCAUGGUCAGAAUGCUAUUGAGCUCUAUUGUCAGCAAGGAAGAAAAACUUCAGUUUCCCAUGAUAAACUUUUGCUUGGGGCAGCAAGAGAAGCAGUCAAAGCACAUUGGGAACUUAAUUUACUGAGAAAGAAUACUUCAGAUAACUUAAGAUGGAGAGAUCUCUGUGGGAAGGAUGGAAUCUUAACAAACGCCCUCAGGACUCGUGUUGAAAUUGAGCGGGCUAGGAGGGAAUUUCUUUGCAAAUCUUCACGGGCUGUGAAGAUGGAGAGCAAUUUUGAUGCCACCAGUGAAAGGGAAUGCAGUGUAUGUCUUUUUGAUUUACACUUGUCUGCUGCCGGAUGUCACUGUUCACCAGAGAUGUAUACUUGCCUGAAUCAUGCAAAGCAUUUGUGUUCAUGUUCCUGGAGUGCCAAAUUUUUCCUCUUUCGCUAUGACAUCAGUGAACUAAAUAUGCUGGUUGAAGCUUUAGAAGGGAAAUUGAGUGCGGUAUACAGAUGGGCAAGACUAGAUCUUGGGUUGGCCUUGAGUUCUCAUAUCUCGAAAGAUAAUCUGCAAGUCCACGGGCUUGGUGACAAUGUUUCUCAUUUACCACAGGAAACACAGAUGAGAGAAAUGAAUUCCCAACCAUCUGUAUCUUCCUUGAAAGAGAUGGAAGGGAAAAAGAAGAUUGAUAAAGUAUCAAAUUCAUUUAGUAUUACCGGCGGGGCAUGUUUGACACAGAAAGAAAUGUCAUGUCAGUUUGUUCUGGGUUUGGAAGCUAUAAAAGUAAUUUCUACAUCAUCAAAAUCAUUGCAUGAGGUCAAGGUGGAGGAUGAUAGCCCUCAGAUUAAGAAAGGAGGAGACUUCGCUGAAGAGAAGAAGCCUUUUUUUCUUGGGAAUUGUGAUGUUAUACUUCUUAGUGAUGAUGAAGGUGAGGAAUCCAAAAGUCCAGCUUCAGAAACAGCAAAUGAAACUUCUGUGAAACCUACAGAAGAUUCCCAGAGGCCAAUGGGGUCUGCUAAAAUGAGUGCCACUAAUUGUAUUGAAGUUGCAGCAAUGACCAAACCCAUGACUAAAGAAGCAGUGAUGUAUGAAAAGGAUGCAAGUUUCUUACCUGUUGGGGAAAAUAAUAAUCAUUCUAGUUCAGACUUUGUGAAAGGUGAAGGUGAUGGAAAAACUGAAGUACUUGUUGGAUGCAAUCCACAUGACCUUUCUUCCCAUAGAGUUUCUUCCAGUACUGAUUAUAACAAAAAUAUUCAGGAUUUCUCCAAUGCAAGAGACACUGGUGAUUCUAAUGUGACAAAAGUGGGGCUUUGCACACAACCCCACCACCCCUUUGGCAGUGAAAUACCAAACAAUGUUGAUAGGCAGAAGAUGGGAUUUAAUGCCAGCCUAAUUUUGGUCGAUGAUGGACCAAGUGCAUCAGGAAGCCCAUCUUGCACUCAAAAUAAUUUAGAUAGAUAUUUUCGCCAGAAGGGUCCUCGUAUUGCAAAGGUAGUGAGAAGAAUCAACUGCAACGUUGAGCCUCUAGAAUAUGGAUUUGUGCAUUCAGGAAAGUGGUGUGACAGCCGGGCAAUUUUCCCAAAGGGGUUCAAAAGUCGUGUUAGGUACAUAAACGUGUUAGAUCCAGCAAAUGCUUGUUACUAUGUCUCAGAAAUUCUGGAUGCUGGAAGAGAUGUGCCUUUUUUUAUGGUUUCUUUAGAGAAUUGUCCAAGUGAGGUAUUUGUUCAUGUUUCGGCUGCUAAAUGCUGGGAUAUGGUUAGAGAGAGAGUUAAUCAAGAGAUUACAAGGCAGCAUAAGCUGGGAAGAACGAAACUUCCCCCUUUACAGCCUCCUGGCAGUCUUGAUGGCAUGGAAAUGUUUGGAUUUUCUUCUCCAGCGAUUGUGCAGGUUAUUCAGUCAAUGGACCGAAAUCGAGUUUGUACAGAGUACUGGAAAUCCCGCCCCCUGAUGCAGAUUCCACAGCAUCCUCAAGCUGAAGAGAGUACUGGGCAUUCCCUCCUGAGAUCUGACAUUGCAAAUGAUAAUAGAGAGGCUGGCAAGAACUUCGCAUUGCCUGCCAGAGUCGAUUCAGUACUCAGCAGCUUAUUCAAGAAGGCAAACCCCGAAGAACUGCACGCAUUGUACGACCUCUUGCGAGACAAUAGGCCCACAUCAGAUCAAAGCCUUGUUAAUCAGCUUCUUGUCCAAGAGAUCCACAAUCGCCCAAGAUGAUCAAUAUCGAUGCUACUGAUACUGGUGCAUUGCCAUGACUUUGUAAAUGCCAACAGACAUCCAACUUCCUUUUUAAGGCAUUCCAUAAAUUUUUUCACCCCAGCCGUGUUCUCAUUCAUAAAUUUUGCAACCCCCUUUCCGACACAGAGAAGCUGGAAACUUGUGCUUGUUCGAGCCAGCCAAGUUUGUCAACAUCAUUCGGCAGAAUGAGUAAACCGAAUAGGUCUGAUUUUUCUCUUUUCUUUUUAUUUCAAUUUUUGUAUGGCAGUUGUAUGAGCCUUUUCAAAUGUUCCCUGUCGAUAAUUUUGCUAAGGUAGAUUGGAAAAAAUGCACAUCUGAGUAGCACUGACAAUAAGAAACAAUGGUUAGAGAGGUAAAGAUUGCAAUACAUUUGGUACCUACCUGUCUAGCCUAA